CGUGAUAAAAGUGAAAGAUUAGUAAGUACUGAAGCAGCUGCUACCCGACAGAGCUCCUUAAUGCCAUUUGCAAGUCAAAUUGACUUUAUAGGCUGGUAAGAGGACAAAGGAGCAUUUUCGUCUUCAGCAUGUUAUAUUGCUGAUGUGCUCUUGGAGCCGUCAGUAUCAGUUCCACAGUAAAACAUUUGCUCCUGUCGUUAUUUUAUCAAUGCAAACGUGGUCAUUUGUACUCAGUGUAAACCACAGCAGUAAGACAGGAAGCAAAUCAGAGACAUCAAUGUGUAUUCAUACACUUCCUCUCAUAAUACCCUUUGUGUGCUGUCUAUUCUUUGCUCUGCUGACUAUAUACGAUAUUUUGAAACAGAAGACACAUCCAUGCAUUUCACAAUAACUACUGGAGCUACUGCAAAGUUGGAACCCAAUUCCAGAUGUUCUCAGUCAUCCAGGUCAUGGUUGUCUAAGAAGCAUGGAGACACUUCAACCACCUGGAAAUACCCAGCCUGCAGAAGGAGACGUCGUUCAGGUUGUAGGACUUGGUGGUUAUAGGGUAAAUGCCACCAGCCACCCACUCCCUGAUGAACCACCUAAUCUUCAGUGUGCAGACAUGCGUGUUGCUGACUGUGAGCCUACCAGAUACUCUCAGUGUACUGCAUAUGUGCCAUAUAACAACAGGCUAUGUCUAGAAGAACAUCAAGUAGAUGCACGUGGGGGUGAUUCUGGUGGUGGAGUGAUUUACAACAACAUGAUUUAUGGUGUAAUCAGUUCUGGUUUUGAACGUGUCUGUACUGGACCAGCUGUUACUGUGAAUGUUUGUUCUUACAUGAACUGGAUAAAUCAGAAAAUUGCCCAAAAUAAUGGAAAAUAACUGAAUGAAAAUAACAUCCAGAAUAAAC